AUGGUGGGCCCAAAGAGUCACUCAGAUGACUGGGCUCUGGGGCCUUUCUCCAAUAAACCACAGAAGAGUCAGCCUCAAAUUUUCUCUUCCAUUCUCUGGACCUGUCUCCUCUUCCUGCUCAUGGGACUAAGCGCCUCUGGAAAGGACUCAGCCCCAACGGUGGUAUUAGGAAUCAUAGGGGGUUCCAUGACUCUCUCCCUAAACAUCUCAGGAGACACAGAGAUUGAGCACGUCACCUGGAAUGGUCCUACAAACACUCUUAUUAUGGCAUAUCCCAAAGGAAAGAUAACCUUCGUGGACAAAAGCUACCAGGGUCGACUAAAUACCAGCUGGAAUUACUCCCUGUGCAUCAGCAACUUGACCCUGAAAGAUGCAGGAACUUACAAAGCCCAGAUAAACCAAAAGAAUUCUCAAGUUACCACUGAGGAGAAAUUCACCCUGCACAUCUAUGAGCAGCUGCGUGAGCCCCAAGUCACCAUGAAGUCUGCAAAGGUGUCUGAGAACUCCUCCUGUAACAUCACCCUGAGGUGCUCUGUGAAGGGUGCAGAGAAAGAUGUUCUGUACAGCUGGACCCCAAGGGACCCCCAUGCUUCUGAGUCCAAUGACAGCUCCAUUCUCACCAUCUUCCGAAUGCCCUGUCACCCAAACCCGCCAUAUACCUGCACAGUGCGAAACCCAGUCAGCGAGAGCAGCUCCCGCCCUGUCCGCGCCCGGCAGUUCUGUGCAGGUCCAGGAGCCUCCCGAAGAGGAGCAAUGGGGGAAACAGUGCUGGGGAUCCUGGGAGAACCCAUCACUUUGCCACUGGCACUCCUGGCCAGUCAGGACAUAGACAAUGUUGUCUGGAUGUUUAACGCGUCUAUUAUCAGCAAAGGGCAGGAAGAAGCAGCAACAGCAGAUCCGCUCAUUAAAUCCAGGGAUCCUUUCAAGAACAGGGUGUGGGUCUCUGGCCAGGACCACUCCCUGAAGAUAGACCCACUGAAGAUGGAGGAUGCUGGCCCCUACCAUGCCUACGUGUGCUCAAAGGCCUCCAGAGUCACCAGCACGACACAUGUCACCUUGCUCAUCUACCGGCCCAAGAGUCACGUGAAGCCGUGGAUCGUGCUUUCCCCAGUGGUUUUCCUUCUGUGCUUUGUGAUCUCCAGCUGGUGCAUUUGGAGGCACAAAAGACAGUAUUCAGCCCCAGCCUUCGGUUCCAGCCCAGCUGAGGCUCCAGCUGUCACACCAGAGCCCACGGCUGGCCACACGGUAUACUCCAUGCUCUCCCAUGGGUAUGAGAAGCUGGGCCCUCCCCAUAAGCCUGCCAGGCCACAGCCUAGGCCCACCUCAGACAGCAGCUCUGACAGCAACAUCACAACUGAGGAGGAUGAGGAGAGGCCCGAGACGCACAAACCUGUCAAUGGAGGAGACGAGCUGAGUGACCUGGUCACUCAGGAGGGCACUGGACAUGACUCAGCCUCCGAGAGCCAAGCAGAGUAUGACCUCACUGCUCCAGAUGACACUACAGCUGAGUCUGUGGUCGAAGGGGGCACCGUGUAUAUGCAAGUGUUCUUCAAUUCACAGAGACAGACCCCGGUUCCACAGAAGAAAGACAGCUCAGCCACAAUCUAUGACUGUGUACAGAAAUCUCAGAUGGUAGUGCCACCACCACAACAGAAUAAUCUCGAGUCUCCUGAAAUCCCUACCUAUGAAAAUUUAACCUGAAAGGAAAAGCAGCUGCUGCCUCUCCUGGUUAAGGGGUGCAGAGGCAGCUGGACCAUGUAUGGCCUGGGGCUCUGCAGACAGAACCACUUCAGAAUUUCCUUCAGUACUUCAGAGAUGCCUGGAUUGGACCUCUCCUCUUUCUUCUCACACUCGUGGCCUCCCAAGCCCAUUAACAGUUGAGACAUAGGCUCCGGAGCCUAUGGGCUUAGUUGCCUUUGCUCUAUUUAUCUCCUUGUACGCUCUUAACAUUUCCUCCUCAAACUUCUGCCAAGGCUGGUCAGAUGUUGGAGAGGACCUGUACUGAUCAUCCUUUACGGCUUCUUCUAAGCAGCUGCUAAAAUGAAUCAGACAUUCUCACACAUGGACACAAAGAUCUAUGUAAAAUG